UAGGAUCGUUAUAAUGUUUAAAAUAACCAAAUAGAUCUUUAUGUUUAAUUUUUUACUAACAAAUACCAAACGAUUCCCUAUAAAAUACACUAUAAUUUGAUCAUUAUGAUAUCAAAUAAUUAUAAAAUAUAUAUUUGAAAUGAUAAAAAUUGGACUAAUUGUGUUGGUCGAGGUUGAACCAUUGAAUAACUUUAAAAUACAUUAUAUUUUAGCCACUAAGAUAUAAAAUAAUAGCAUAAUAUAUAUUAUGUCAGAGAAAUUAGCUUAUUUUAGAAUGACAAACCAAUGAUGUUCAUUUAUUUUACUUGAUGGCCAAAUCCCAUGUAGGUCAGGCACAUUCAACUCUUUUAUUUUAUGGUUGGCGGUUAGCCCAUUAGAUACCAUGCAUUAGUUUAUUGUUAAAUAUUUUAUUUUUAACAAUAAAAACGAGUAUUAUUUUUACCUUUUCAUAUAUAUUUUGUCACCACGGAGAAAUAAAAGGGCUUAAAGAAAAAAAAUUGACACUCCUGGACCCGUUUAAAUUCACAUGUGUACGGGUAAGUUGGCCCGUUCCACAGAGGAAAGAGAAAAAUAAUUGACACUCCCUAUUCUACCCUUCCUACAAACGCUCAUGGAGCAGGGAAUUUGAAAUGGGGGAAGGAUUUUUUCCUCCCUGCUAUUAUAUGUUUUUAAUUUAAAAAGAUACAACAAAUGUGCUUAGUGUGAUUGGUUAUUAUCCUUGCUUUUCUUUAAAAUGGUCAUGGUUCGAAUCCCAGUACGUGUCUUUUUAAUGAAUAAAAAAAAUGUAUUGUGAAGACCAAAAUGUCCUUCCUACUUUCACUCUCGUUGCAGGAAAUUUGAAAUGGGGCUCCCGUUUUUCCCUUCGGCGUAUUAUAUUACUAGCACUGGGCUCGACCCGUUGGCCGAGUAAUCUUAGCAUGACCAUAUCAUUUGGUGCAAGUUGACUUAUUAGGUAGAAUUAUGAUAAAGUAUAAUCUGAAAUUCGAAGAUAUCAAGUGCUUAUAUAACGCUAAUAGAUUGAAGGUCCUUAGAUGCUAAUUGCUUGUCACGCUAAAACUAUAAUAAGAAGUAUAUGUGACUUGCUUCCUACAUAACAUGCAUAAUGAAGUCUAAGCAUGAAAAUAAAGGGUUCCCCUCAUAUGGAUUUGAGAGCAUCGAUGAAGUGAUUGCCCCCAUAGUAGUCUUCCUUGGCAGAUCACCAAAUGAGAUAUAGCUCUAAAAUUGAAAUACAAAUGAGAUGUCGCACUAUGCAGAGUCACCAACAAUACUAAGCUCGAAAAUAAAUGGCCUUCUUGGUGAUGACCAUACCAUACACAAAAUGUGAGAUGAAGCCACAAAUGAUGUAUUCAUACCCCUGCAAAGUCACAACAAUUAUGUCCCUUGUCUAUGGAAGUUUGACAGCUAUAAACCCACACAAUGGUAAGUUUUAAACAUAUUCAAUACUAUCACAAUGUUGGAAUAAAUGCUGCAAAAUUCACAAAACCGUGUCACCUUUUCAAUGAAAGUAUGAUCGUUGUAAAUAUAUUCAAUCCAAUGAUGAUUUUGAAACAUAUUUGGUGAAUAUAAUUUAUUAACCAAAAUUUUCAAACUUUUUAAAUUAUUAGUCUAACCUUUCGAAAUAUAAAAUAUUAGAAAAAUCUUUUGUAACGCAUCAAAAUAUUAGAGUUCGAUGGCAACGUCAGUCGCUAACUAAUUAUUUAGAUCAGUCUACCAAAAAGAAAGCGAGUCCUCCGCUCGGUAAAGAUUUGUCUGUCACUGCUAGUAAUUUUGUAAGUCUUUUCUUAGUUAAAAUAUUUAAAAUUUUGAGAAUGUUGACCCUAACAUGCCUCUUCAAAGUCAAUAUCAUGUUUCCAAGUCAAUAUUAGUAACAAAACUGCUAAUGGGAAGUUAAUAUUUGACUAAUAUUUUUUAUUUUGAAAAAUUUGAAUAAUAAUUUAAUAAGUUUGAAAAUGUGGAAAAUUUUGAUUGACCGAGUGACCAAAGAAUGUAAUUAUUUUUAUGCGUAAUUUUUAAAUUAAAAAAAUAAAAGGACUCAACACAUAGUAAAAGAAAUAGUUUCUUCCAUAUUAUCCAAUUGCCAAUUUACCCUUAACGUAAAUAAGAAUGUAAUUUUUAUUUUCUUACUUUUUCAUAGUGCUUUGAUAAAUCAAUUUUCAUAGUAGAGUUUGAUGUAACCUUUUCUACUUUAAAACUUCUACUCUCUCUUCAAUUUUUGUUAAGGGUAAAAUGGUAAUUGGAUAAUAUGGAAGAAACUAUUUCUUUUACUAUGUGUUGAGUCCUUUUAGAUUUUUAUGUGUGACAAAUGUGGAAAAUUUUGAUAGACCGAGCGCACCAAAGAAGGUAAUUUUUUUUCUUACUUUUUUUUGGCAAUUAGCAAUUUUUCUAAUUAAGUAAUUAGUAGUAUCUUCUUCACUUAUAACUUGGCUUUUGAAACUUUUCUGCACAAAUUGAUGAAAUGAAUCAUCACAGACUGUUGAAUUUCACAUAUUUAUUAGUAAUAUUUUGGAUACCAUUCUUUACCACAGUAUACUAUAGUGGUAAAUGAUGGUAGACGCUGGUGGAAAGUGAUAGAUGAUUGUUAUUAUAUUUCUACAAUCAUGUAGACAACAAUUCUACACUAUUAUAUAUUUAUAUAUUAUGUACUAUGAAUUUGUUACCAUCUUGGUAUAUAGUUCUAAAAUAUUAAUUUAAUUUUUAUACCAAAAUAUAUAAAUGUGUAUAUCAUUUUUAGAGUAUGAUUAAUAUAAUGGUUUAUUUCGUUUUUUUAAUUGGUUGUAUAUUCUUCAUUUUUAACUUAGCUUUUGAAAUUUUGAUUCAUCACAAACUAUUGAGAUCCGCAUAUUUUGAAAAAUAUUAUAGGACCAAAUAUACCAUUACCACCUUAUACCAUAGUGGUAAAUGAUGGUAGACGGUGGUGGAAAGUGAUCGAUGGUUUUCUUUAUAUUUAUACGAUUAUAUAUACGACCAUUCCACUCUACACUAUGAUAUACUCAUAUAUUAUAUACUAUAAACUUUUACCGUCAUGAUAUAUAGUUGUAAAACAUUAUAUUAUAUUUUACACCAAAUUACGUAAAGUGUGUGUCAUUUUGAAGAGUACGAUUAAUAUGUUUCGUUUGUAAAAAAAAAAAUUGAAUUAAAAUAAAAAGAUAUAGUCUCUUAGAUUAUAAGUAGAGGAAAAUUAAUUUUGUUGAAUAAUUGAAUAGUUAUGGUUAAAGUAGCUAUGGGAAAAUAUGAGGGGUUAUAAAAUUGGAAUGCAUGUGUUAGAGAAAAGAGUCGAAAAAAAAAACAAAAAAGGAACAUCAAAAUGAAAUGCACAGCUUUAUAAAAAAUGAAUGCAAAGACCUAAAUACCCUACCGAUAAAUGCGCUCGUUGCAGCAAAAUUUAAUGGUGGAAAGGAGACCUAUGAAUCUCUAUUAUAUAUUGUCUAGAUGUGUAGAUAACAUGGACCACGAGCUAGACCAAACCAAUUUUAACAAUUCGUUAAUCCAAACCAAAAUGUCCGAUCUCAGAGCAUGCAGCCUUAGGCUUGGUCAACGCCGACGCGGCCAACAAAGACGAUGCCGGCCGGACCAGCUACCAUAGACUCCUAUUGGGCUUAACCGUUUUCCAAACUCGUUUUUGGGCUUUUCUAAUUUUUUAUUAUUAUAAUAUUCUUCAGUUAUUUACCAGCUUAAAAAUUAUGAGCUAAAAUAUAAAAAAUAUAUAACUGAAAACGAAUAUUAGCUAGGCAAGUCGGUUAAGGAAGACACAUGUCGACGAUCGAUAUGAUGGGUGCCGUAGCAGAGCUGACACGUACCCCAGCUCCUUCCACGUAUCAACGCUGCUUUUCUUCUAUUCGUCAUUUUUUUUAUUUUAUCUCGUUGGCCACCUCGACUAUAAAACUAACUAACCUGGCCGUGGCAACAGAUCAAAGCAAUCAGUUCAGAACCUUAUAACCCUCCCUGCAAAAAUUAAAGUUAUUGGCUACUUAAAAAAGAAGCCUGAAAACCAGAGCUAUGGUGGGCGUGGGAGCGCCGUUAUGCGUGCAAUGCGGGACGAGGAGCAACCCGUGCCGGUGCAAGGUGGUGGGGCCGACGGUGGGGUUUGUGGCGUUCGCGGUGGCGGCGGUGGUGGAGUGGCCGCUGGGGGCAUUCGUCUACAUAUUCCGGCACCGGAAAGGCAGGCGGAUCAUGGCCCAUCCGGCCACCGUAGUCUACCCGUCCGUCACAAAUGCCAUCCCCAUCUGAUCUGAUCUGAUCUGAUCUGAUCCUCUCUUCUCUUCGGAAGACACUACGUAACUCUUGUACUGAAUUUGACUUGUGCCGUGUGUUUUGUUUCCUUUGUUGUUUUGUUUAAUAAAUAAUAAAUAAAUAAUAUAUUGUACAAUUACUGCUCUUCAGAACAGAAACUGUUAUGUUCUUGGGUUGGGAGGAAUAAUCAAGCAUGGUCCUCAGUCAUACUAAUUCCAUGGAUUUCUAAUUAAUUUUCCUUUAUGAUAUGAUAUGUCGCUUUGCAACCCAAACUCUUGGUCACCGGCCACAAUUAUCCUAACACUAUAAGACUGAUAGAGAUUUAGGGGUAAUAAUGGAAUUAAUUAGGAGUUUGAGAUAGAAAUAAUAGUAUUUGGGGCUUAGAAAAUUCAGAAGAGGAGGGAAUUGGAUUGAAUAGAAAAGAACUGGCCGGGUGACGAUCUGCAGAGAUAGGAGAGGCCUGAUUUAAGACAAUUUGGAGAAAUUAGAGUAGAUAUACUUUUUUUAAAUAUUCUUCUUGGUAGGGAAUUCCACUUUUAAAUAAUCAUAAAUUUAAAUCUAAAUUAUGACAUAACAGCCAAGUCAUUUAAGACACAAAUAACUCCUCAAACACCCCUUAUAAUCUUUUUUUUUUAUGGAAAACACCCUGAUAUAGUCGAUCACUCUAAUUAGUCAGUUUUUUGUACACAUAAAUCAUAAUAGCAUGGAUCUUAGAAUUAGAUGAUUUCAUGAAUUGAUAAUAGAUCCGGGAUCCAUGACGAGAGCGGCGGCGGCGAUGGAGUAGUAACCACCGGAAUUGAGUUUCUCACUCUUGACCCAUUUAGGUUUUAGGUUUAGAGAUUUCUGUGAUGGCUAAGAAAUUCUACGUAAUGGGUUGAGAGAGGACCAAUCCUAGAGCUUCUUUAUAUAGACCCACCAUCAGGGUAUAUUAGGAAUUUACCUUUCAUUAACCUAAUCAAUAUAGGAUUUACCUUAUAUAUUAAACCAUUAAGUGAUAAUUACACUUGGGCCACAAUUAUUCUCUAGUGACAUACGGGAAUUGGGCUUACAUUCUCCCACUUGGUCCAUGUGUCAUUAUAUAUCACAAGAUCUAAUAAUAAACAUAAGUGUGCACAUCAUAAGAUAAAUCCAUAAUAUUUGGUUCACCAUAAAGUCAUAAUCAAGUAUGAAAGCUAGAUUAGGAUCAUGGCGGUUCUAUAUCAAUUUAUCGACAUAGUACCUUGAAUCUCAUGCUCAAUACGACACAUAACAAGGUAGUCAUAAUGGUCCAACAAUAAUAUCUUCACUAAAGACAAAAAUCUUGUUCUGUUCACAUAAUGCAUAAUGUAUAUAUACUGGUCAUAAUAAAAAAAAACAAGAUUCAUAACUUUAUUCCAGAAACAAAAUAAAUGAGCUCAAAGUGUCAAUCCAUGAAACAUAAAAUAACUUUAGUCAUGACAUCCUAUAAUCCCCAUCCUUUCGACAUGUUCAGUAAAUGUCUUAGGAGGCAAUCCUUUUGUUAAUGGAUCAGCAAUCAUAAGCUGUGUGCUAAUAUGCUCGAUCGACACCCUUUGUUUCUGAACUUCUUCCUUAAUGACAAAGUAUUUCACCUCCAUAUGCUUAGCACCCUUCGAAUACUUGUCAUUCUUAGAGAAGAAUACCGCUGCGGAAUUAUCACAGUAAAUUUUCAGCGGCUAGGCGAUAGUGUCGACAAUUCCAAGUCCAGAAAUAAAAUUCCGCAGCCAUAAACCAUGAUUCGUAGCUUCAUAACAAGCUAUGAAUUCAGCUUUCAUAGUGGAUGUGACAAUAACAGACUACUUCGCACUCUUCCAUGAAAUUGCCCCUCCGGCUAGAAGGAACAAAUAGCCAAAAGUAGA